CAAAUUGAUACGCUCAGUAAAAACAUAAACAUAAACAAAAUCAUCCAAGUGGGCGUGUCUUGCGAUGUAGUCUCAAUCUGUCUAUAAAUCUACAUCUUGACCUACUAGAUCUAGAUAUAAUCUAGAUCUACAUCAUUUUAAAUAGAUCUAUAUAUUUCCUUUUUAAAAAUGCCCAAGCCAGUUGUGACAUCUAGGGAACUUAAGAAUAAAGAGUCAGGCAUUGACCUUUAUGUUACAUCUUACUCAGUGCAGAAAGGACUUGUGUCGAACACAGUCCACUAUCAGGUGGUGCUGGUCUCCAAUUUGUCAUGUUUCAAAUCUCCCAGUCACAAAGAUUCAGAUGUUGUGCAGUACAGUCUGGAGAAACAACUAAGUGAGUUUGAGGAUUUGAGAGCUACAUUGGCAGAGAUGUUUCCCAACACAACAUUACCCGUCAUCAACAAGAUGUCUAUUAUAGUCAGUGAACCUGUACUGCGGGAAAGACGCAACAGCUUGGACCAACUAUUGAGAUUCAUAGUCACUGUGCCAAAGCUGGCCAUGUCUGUUCCUUUGCUGACAUUUCUUGGUGUAGAUUCCAUUAGAGCCAAGAAAUUCAGCAUCGGUGAACCACUGGACAACUCAUCUGCCCCUGCUUCAGUAGAAACAGAAGAGGAAGAAAAUGCUACUGGCGCUGACAACAAUGUAGACUUCCUGUUAGACAGAUAUGAAGAGGAAGAAGAUAGUGAGCUGUUCCACUUGGAAGAAGAGGAGCAGGACAAAGCUCUGUUUGAAGAUAAGGGUGAAGGCAGCACAGUUCUUAUGUUUGAGGGACAAGAUUUGAAGAGAGAACUUACUGAAGAUGAUGAAAAGGACUUCCAGUUUAUUCCUGAUGCCAUCAUAAAAAAGAAUGUUAAAGUUUAUGAAAGUGUUUCAGAAGAUCAUUCUGAACUUUUUGAAAUAGAAGACAACCUUGAUCAGCUUCUGACUGUUGAUGUUAAAAAGAGAAAGAACAAGCCACAAAAUGGGGAAGGUGAGAGAUCAUCUCCCACAAGAGAUUUGCAGCAAGAGUCACAUUUGACAAAUCCACAAACACCAACAAAACCUUCGCUGCCAAGAAAGCCUACUCUGCCAGCCAAGCCAAAGGCUGCAGGGACAGGCACUACUCCUAAAGACUCUGCGCAAUCUGGGGCACAGGGUAAACCUGCCAUCCCAGUCAAACCAAAGACAAUCCUUUCCAGCCAGGGAAGUGUCUCUGACAAAGAAACUAAAUCCCCAGGCAUUGAGUCAGACAACUUAGGUCAAGAUGACAUUUUAAAGUACUUGCAGGAUAAUUUAGCAUCUGCCAGUGAGGAUGUUGAUUUGUUUUCAUAGAUGGUGUGACUCAGUGUUCAUAAAAUAGCUUUAUGUCAGGAUGAUGUUGUUUUAGUCUGAUUCAACAUGAUGAUUUUUGAUGUUUUAGUUUUGAUUAAAGUGAUAAUUGUUGAUAAUGCAGUGUAAUUCUGCUACUAGGUAACAUUGUUUCAUUAUAAAUGUAAAGUGCUAAUUGUUUAUACUGCAGUGUAUCAUUUCAUUUCAUCAGUGUCUAAUGUGGCCAUUAUUUUAAAAUUUGGCUUUUAAUAAAUGUAACGUAUUAUUACUUAUUCUUAGGUCAAAUAAUAUUUUUAUCUUUUUAUUUCAUUUAAGAAACAAAUAUUUAUUAAGCAUUGAGUGAUACGAAAAUAUUUGGAAGGUACUUAACAUUUGUAAAACUUAUACAUUUGUAUUGCACAAUGUAUGUUUUAGAGAUAAAUUGUAAUUACUUUUAUCCACUGAUAAUUCUUCUUUUUCUGUGUUCUAAAUUUUAUGUUGGAGGUUUCGUAUAACCAGUGCAAUAUCAGAGAUGAACUGUGUCAUGAUAUCCAAAUCAGACAGCUCCCAUAGUUUUUUUUUAAAGAGAUGUUUUGGGGUUUCUUAACAUAUGUGAGUCUGGUGUGAAUAUAUAUUUUGGUUUUCUAUAGUUAAUAGUGUUUUGUUUGGUGUAAUGCACAAAUUGUAAGACAAAUUUCCUUAUGGAUAAUAAAGAUUAUUAUUAUUAUUAUAUUGUGCAGCUUUGAAAUAUGUAGUCAGCAUACUCUAGUGACACUCCACAAGGGCAAGUUUCGCUAGAUUCAAAUUUCAGCUUCCAGCAUGUAUUCCCAUAUUGCCAUUGUGUUCUGUUCAAAAGCAAAACAAUUAUUUGUUGAUCAUUUGGAGAUAAGCUUGUGUUAUAAAUCAUUUAUCCUGAACUUAGGUUUAAAACUGGUCAAUUUUCACAUUUUAUUACUCCCUUCACAUUUCUUCAUUUCUUUUGGAUAGAGAGUUAUUUUUGACAGCUUGUUCAUUCUCCCUUAUUUAGCCUGUUGGUCAGUGAGUGGAAUGUUUACCCACUCUCAUUUGCUGGUAAUCAUGCUAUUUACCAAAUAUUUGUCAUAUAAAUCUCUUUUACAUAUUAGAAACCAAAGUUGGUAAGAUAAAUAUUCCUAUAGAACCAUUUCUGGGAAGUUUCGACAGGAUUGACAAGUUGUUUUAUGUCUUUACAUUUUAAAAUCUAUCUUAUGUGUAUGUUAAGUUAUGUUAAGUAAAAGUUUUGGUUCAGUGUCCCCUCACCCGAUGUGAUAUGUAUUACAUCAUAUUCCUUUUGCCUGAACUGAAUGACAUCUUUUAAAUUUUUACUCGUUUACAUUUUUCUUAAUUGCUAGACAUGAGAUAUUAUUCAAAGGUAAUCAAUUGUUUAAUUACUGUUAUUAUUUGAUUAUAGUAACUGUAAAGAAGUUUUAUUUUUUUAUUUGCUACAAACUGUGAUUCCAAUUUUAGAGUGUUUACAGUUCCAGUACUUAUAUAGUUCAUUUUCUUAAUUUACUAAUAGUCUAAUUGAAGUUGUUAUAAAGGCCAUACAUGUUUUUUUGUAAAUAAACUUUGAGCUUUUGAAAGUAAAAA